AGCUCGAGUUGCUAUGGAAUCCCGGUGUUGACAGCUUGGAACCGACAAUAUUUAAUUGAGCAACUUGAUUGCUCGUCGGUCCAAGCGAGGUGACUGUUCUCAGAUCUCGACCAAGACGCGAUGCGGUUACCCUUUGGGCGGCGCCGUGCCGCUCGCCACGAUUUUCUUUCACCGAUUCCACUCAUCCUCUCAUUAUCUACCUUCGCGGCAUCGCCAGCAGCCGCCAUCUCGUUCACCCCCGUUCCCGCCCCGAACCUCGACCUCUCCCAGCUCGGCCGGGUUGUCCUAGCAGGAGAUUUCUCAGGCAUAUCCUUGUACCAGUUCGAGGAACAGAACCAGCGCCCACCCAGGAACAAUGGCAGCGAGCAGCUCCUCACGCGCAUGCCGAACGGCCUCUUCGCGUCGAUCGUCAAUACCGACGCGACAAUCCGCACCAUGUGCACAUUCAACACCGACAAUGGGACCGUCGUUGUAUUAGGUGGAAAUUUUACCAGCAUCAGGGGCCCCGACUCCGAUGCGAAAGCCAUGCAGUCGACUGCGAUCGCCUUGUUCGACCCAGCCACUGCUGUCGUGACACCUCUGCCAGGUCUGUCCGGCCAGGUUAAUGCCCUGCUCUGUGAUCAGGACAAGAACACAGUCUAUCUGGGAGGAAGCUUCGUUGGUGCCAACUCGACCAAUGCGCUGGCGUGGGAGGGAGGGCGAGACUGGGUCAAUCUGCCAUUUGCUGGGUUUAAUGGUCCUGUAACGUCCAUCGCGAAAACGGCCAACGGGAACAUCCUUUUCGGCGGCAGUUUCACAGGGCUCGGGAACGCGAGCACUCCGAGCACUCCCGAUGGCCAGAUCAUCAACCUCUCGACAGCGAGCAUCACCGGUGGCUCCUCGAGCACAACACCAGGGUUCAGCGACCCCAAGAACGUUAUCUGCCAGACAAGCGGCGAAGAUGGAGCGGGAAAUACGUGGUUGCUGCAGGACAACGCCCCGGGCUUCUGGGAUGCCAAAUUUGGACACGGCUUUGAACCCACCAAGCUGCGCCUAUACAACACACACCAGGACGGUAGAGGAACCAAGACUUGGCGAUUCACGGCCAUGCCCAUCAACGGCAUCAUGAACUUCACCUACAUCGAUCCGGUGACGCGCCAGAAUGCGAGCUGCACGAGCGAAUGCCCGCUGAGCGACGACAAAUCCAUCAAGUUCCAGGACUUCCACUUCGUCAAUGUGAUCGGUAUGAACGAGUUCCGCCUCGACAUCUCGGCUUUCUACGGCAGCGGCGGGGGUUUGAAUGGGAUCGAGCUGUUCGCGGACGACAUCUUGUCGUAUGCCGUUAGCGAUUUUAACGAACCCUCCUGCGCUGGGCUCGAUUUCCCGUCAACAGCUACCUCGACCGGCCCGUGGACUGUCACACCCUCCCACUCAAGCACUGCGGAGUACCUAACCGCCCAACUUACUGCCCCGAUCACCAACACCUCGGCGUCGGUGGUAUUUACCCCUGAUAUCAGGGAGUCCGGCCACUACUCGGUCAACCUGUAUACCCCCGGCUGUCUCCAGGACAACACUUGCACCACGCGCGGCCAGGUCAGGCUCACCGGGCAGAUGACAGCCGACGCCACCAAGAGCACUCCCAUCGACGUCGAUCUUUACCAAACUAAUAACUUCGACAAGUACGACCAGGUCUACUUUGGCUUCAUUGACGCCAGCUCAGACGGGUUCCGCCCCCGGGUAACCAUGACCCCCCUACCGGGCCAGUCCCUGACUCAAAUGACAUUCGUCGCCCAACGCAUUGGCUUCACCUUGAUUAACAGCACAGGUGGCCUGAACGGGCUCUACGAAUAUCCACUCGAGUCGACUGUUAACCCCAGCGACUUCAUGAAGUCCGCCUUCAACCGCCUAGGAGCCAACUUCUCUACCGGCUCUGCCGUCAACGCUCUGGCUACGUCGCGCGAUGCCACUUAUAUUGCAGGGAACUUCACCUCCGGCAACAUGCGCAACAUCAUCGCCACGAAGGGCGAUAAUGCGGACGUCCAGUCUCUCGAUGACGGGCUUAACGGCGAGGUCAAGUCGAUGUUCCUCAACGGGACCAACCUGUAUGUUGGCGGCGCUUUCUCCAGCACUUCGGACAACUCGACCAAGGACUUGAACAACGUUGCCGUCUACGACACUUCGAAGAAAAACUGGAAACCCCUCGGCGCCGGCGUGAGCGGCAGAGUCGUGCGCGUGGUUGGGAUGACUAUGAACAUUACCAGCUCGACUCCCGAGGUUGUGGUCAGCGUGAAUGGAGACUUCGACCAGCUGCUGGCGUUUGGCGGCAACCCGGCCGUCAAGGUGGAUGGGUUUGGUGUUUGGGUGCCUUCGCAAGGGAACUGGCUGCAGAACCUGGACUUGCCGGUUGAGUCGGUGACGGGUGUCCUGUCUGCCUCGAUCCUCAACGCGACUGGCCCGUCGCUCUACGCUGGCUCGCUUUCCUCUUCUAGCCUGGGAGCUAACGGCGCAGCGAUCCUUGGCGACGAAAGUCUGGGACGGCUUCCCGUGGACAUUCAACCUUCCGAUUCGUCAUCAGGCGGUCUGGCCAAGCGCGAUGGUACCUCGGCUGGGGGCGAUAUCGAUGGUGUGGUUACUGGCGUCUUCGACACCAACAAUGGCAGGAAUCUCACCAUUUUGGGCGGCCAUUUCACUGCGAAGGACACUGACGGCAAGACUAUCAGCAACCUGCUCGUCAUGGACGGUUCUGAUAACGACCGAGUUACUGGCCUUGGAGGCCAGAUCUCACCCAACUCCACCUUCAUGGCUAUGGUUGUGGAAGGCGACAUCCUCUUUGCCGGAGGUAAAGUAGCCGGGACCGUCAAUGACGACACCGUCAACGGCCUAAUCACCUACAACCUUGCCAGCAAGUCGUUCAAUACCCAGCCUCCUUCGCUCUCUGGCGGCAACGGCACGGUCUCCUCCAUGGUCGUGCGCUCGACCACCAAGGAUGUCUACGUUGGAGGCUCCUUCACCUCGGCCGGCUCUCUCGGCUGCCCUGGCGUGUGCUUUUUCAGCACCUCCGCCUCGCAAUGGAACCAGGCUGGGCGCAAUCUUGGUGGGGACGUCAGCUCCCUGAUGUGGGCUACUGACAACAUCCUGCUAGCCGGCGGCAGCCUCACCGUCAACGACACGACCUCCACCUUCCUCGCCCGCUACGACGCCGACACCCAAGACUGGGACGUCUACCCCGGCGCCGACCAGCUCCCAGGCCCAGUGAGCGUCCUCACCGCCGGCGCGAGCGACGGCGGCCAAAUCUGGGCCGCGGGUACCUCCCAAGACGGCUCCCCCUACCUCAUGAAAUCCGACGGCUCCACCUGGCAACGGGCAGGAGAGUCGGCCCUCCAGCCAGGCACCGACAUCCGCGGCCUACAGGUCUUCUCCCUCACCUCCUCCCACGACUCCUCCACCCUCCUCAACCAAGACGAAGCCCUCCUCCUCACCGGCACCAUCCAACUCGCCAACUUCGGCCCCGCCUCCGCCGUCCUCUACAACGGCGGCGACGACUUCACCCCCUUCGCCCUCACCACGUCAUCCUCCAGCGGCAGCAGUAGCAGCAGCGGUAGCAUCGCGCGCGUCUUCUCGGAGCGCAACAGCUACUUCGAAAAGGGCGGCGGCCACAUGCCACUCGGCUUCGUCGUCCUCAUCGGCCUCGCCAUCGCCCUCGGCCUCAUGCUGCUCAUCGUCGCCGGCGGCAUCCUGCUCGACCGCCUCCGCAAGCGCCGCGAGGGCUACGUCCCCGCCCCGACGUCCAUGUUUGAUCGUGGCGGCGGCAUUGCGCGCAUCCCGCCGCAUGAGCUGCUGGGGGGGUUGGGGAGGAGGGGGGCGCCGCAGGUUUAGUUAGUGGCGUGGCCUUGAUGG